CGGGGGCCCCAGGGCCUCUGCGCGGGCUGUGUGCUGGAAAACGGGAAUGGGGAUGACUCAUCGGAGGUGGCAGCAAGGGGCCAGCUUUAAUCUCCAGGCUCUCUCUCCGAACCCCGCUGAGGCGGUUUCCCACCGACUAUCUUUCGGGGCAGCACAGGCCGGCACAGGGGUAAAAGGUCAUAAAGAUGGCGCUCGCCGUUCGGCUGCUGCCCCGGUUGCUGCUCUCUCGGCCUGUGCCCGGCGGGGCGGCCCGACCCCGGCCUCCGGGUGCGGCUGGACUUUGCUGCUGCUGCCGUCGCCUCCUGGGCUCGGGCGCGGCCCCGUCUCCUCGCGGCCCUGGGGCCCCGGCGGCCUGGGCGCUGUCUGCCCGGCGACCCCGGCCUCCCCCGCUCUGGGCUCAGGGACGCGCCGCGGCGCUCUCCGUGCUCCCCGCGUGCCCCGGGCGCAGCUACAGCACCGAGGAGCGGCCGCAGCCGCGCCAGAAGACCAAGAUGAUCGUCCUGGGCUUCUCCAACCCCAUCAAUUGGGUGCGGACUCGAAUUUACGCCUUCCUUAUCUGGGCCUAUUUCGACCGGGAGUUCAGCAUCGCAGAGUUCUCGGAGGGAGCGAAGCAGGCUUUUGCUCAUGUGUCCAAGUUGCUGUCACAAUGUAAAUUCGAUCUAUUGGAAGAAUUUGUGGCCAAAGAGGUGCUACAUGUGUUGAAAGAAAAGGUGACGUCCCUACCUGACAACCAUAAGAAUGCCCUUGCUGCUGACAUCGAUGAAAUCGUGUACACGUCCACAGGAGACAUCUCCAUCUACUACGAUGAGAAAGGAAGGAAGUUUGUUAACAUCCUGAUGUGCUUUUGGUAUCUAACCAGUGCCAGCAUCCCCAGUGAAACGAUAAGUGGAGCCAGUGUGUUCCAGGUUAAGUUGGGGGAUCAGAACGUGGAAACUAAACAACUUCUUAGUGCAAGCUACGAAUUUCAGAGGGAGUUUACACAAGGAGUAAAGCCUGACUGGACCAUUGCACGGAUUGAACACCCAAAGUUAUUAGAAUAAUCUUUCUCAGAAAAAUCAGCUUAUUGGACUGUUAGCAAUUGCCGUGAAAAGCUAAGGAAGAAAAACUUUUGGAUCAGGUGAUCUUCAUUUAAUGCAGUCUGUGGAUUACUGUGGUACUGUCUUGAAAUACUCCUUGUAGUAUAUUGGCAUGAUAUAAUAAAGCAUUUCCAAAGAUUGUCAUCACCUUCUCCAAAAGAGCUCAAAGUCAAAAAGCUACACCACCACAAUUGUUGGUGUCAUAUUCAGUAUAAUUUCUAAUCUUAGAUUUAUAUGUAUAUAUACAAAAACUAAUUUUAUAGACAUAAUAAAG